GUGGGUAUAUUCGCCACCAUGAUUCGAUAACGGAUUAGUGGGUGUUGGUGUGUGAAGAGGAGUGUGCAUGAGGCUUUGAUAUACUUAGUAGUGUAUGUGAGCUAACACCUCACUCAACACUCACAAUGGAGCUGGAUGAGAGUGAUGGGAACAUUGUUCUGAGAAACAGAAAAUCUUCCCCAGUCGUAAAAUGGUCUAGUAUCCCGUACAGUAAGAUAGUGAAGCUCCUGUUUCUCCAGGACAACGGCGACAAGACCAUGGCCGGAACUGACAGUCACCUUCAGCUGAGCAUUAAAGCAGCGCGUGAGGCCCAAGAGGCUUUCCUUUCCGUCCUGCAUAACCAGAAAUUCAGUUUUGUUUUUAUUAUGGAGUUGCUGCAGAAGCGCAUCAUGGAACUGAAGGAAUAUCCGAUCAUAGUAUUGGAAGAAGACAACGAGGCCGCCAACUGGGCAGUAAGGAAGCAAGACGAGGACCUGCUCACUCUGGCCGAGAUUUGCUGUUACCUCACCAUCGAUUGCCAGGGCCUGGAAGAUAAGAUUAAGAAAGUCCAGGAAAAAUUAUCCCUCACGGAAGAUGAAAAGAAAGCGAGUUUUUUCAUAUAUGCGGAGAAUUUAAGAAUGAGUCGCAUCUGUGAUCGUCUGACGUCCAACCUCGUCCUUCAACUGUUUGAUACUGUUAAAAGAGACGUAAUACUCAGCAAACAUAUCGAUCAAAAUCUUGAUAUUCCGUUGGACAAGCUAAACAAGACCGAAGGCCUCAAGGAGGUAUUAUUCUUCUACAUGGUUAGAGUCUUUGAGGAACACGACAAACUUAACCGUAUUUACACAGACAAGCUGGAAGACCUCCUGGAAAAAGUUGGCAAAGAGACAGAAGAUGAGGAUGACCAGCGCACUAUCAAGAGUGUGAUCAGCAGUCUGAGUCAAUACCCCAUGGAGUGUCGUCCAGCCGGCUACUGCGUCGUCUUCUGCGUCACCAACGGCAGGGAGGGCGCUCAAGGGGAAAUAAAUAAAGUUAAGAACGUCUUUGAGAAGUCCCUCGGCUACAUAGUCCACGUUGAAGAAAAUCCAACUCUCAAGAAGUUGGAAGAAAGGAAAAAGGUGCUGGAGAAGCCCAAGUACCGCUUCUAUGACUCCAUUGUGUUGUGGUUCAUGGCCCAUGGCUCAGAUACCGACCUUCAGUUAGCCGAUGGCACGAGUUAUCAACGGGAGAAUUUCAUCGAUAGUUUCUCAAGGUUGGACAACUUCAGAAAGAAACCCAAAGUAUUCUUCAUGGCAUCAUGUCGAGGCAGAAGUACCAUACCUAUCACAAAGAGAGUUUAUUUCUUGAAACAUGAAGGUGGGGUCCGAGUGACCGUGGACUCCGGCGAAGAGGGCGAGACCUUUUCAGUGAUUCCUGAGACAUACCGUAACAUCACCGCCGUCUACUACAAGAUGGACCGACUCGUCGCCAACGCCACGCUUCCUGAGCAAUAUGCCUUCAGGUUACAAGACGGAGUCAUGCAACGGCCUAACAUCCCGUACAGUAAGAUAGUGAAGCUCCUGUUUCUCCAGGACAACGGCGACAAGACCAUGGCCGGAACUGACAGUUACCUUCAGCUGGGCAUUAAAGCAGCGCGUGAUGCCAAGGACGCUUUCCUUUCCGUCCUGCAAGACCAGAAAUUCAGUUUUGUUUUUAUUAUUGAGUUGCUGCAGAAGCGCAUCAUGGAACUGAAGAAAUAUCCGAUCAUAGUACUGGAAGAAGGCACGGAGGCCGCCAACUGGGCAGUAAGGAAGCAAGACGAGGACCUGCUCACUCUGGCCGAGAUUUGCCAUUACCUCACCACCGAUUGCCAGGGCCUGGAAGAUGACAUACCACUCAAAGAAGACCCCGAGGACCUGCUCACUCUGGCCGAGAUUUGCCGUUACCUCACCAUCGAUUGCCAGGGCCUGGAAGACAAGAUUAAGCAAGUCCAGGAAAAGUUAUCCCUCACGGAAGAUGAAAAGAAAGCCAGUUUUUUCAUAUAUGCGGAGAAUUUAAGAAUGAGUCGCAUCUGUGAUCGUCUGACGUCCGCCCUCGUCCAAAAGCUGUUUAAAGCUGUUAAAAAAGAUAAAAUCCUCAGAGAACAUAUCGAUCAAAAUCUUGAUAUUCCGUUGGACAAGCUAAACAGGACCGAAGGCCUCAAGGAGGUAUUAUUCUUCUACAUGGUUAGAGUCUUUGAGGAACACGACAAACUUAACCGUAUUUACACAGACAAGCUGGAAGACCUCCUGGAAAAAGUUGGCAUAGAGACAGAAGAUGAGGAUGACCAGCGCACUAUCAAGAGUGUGAUCAGCAGUCUGAGUGAGUACCCCAUGGAGUGUCGUCCAGCCGGCUACUGCGUCGUCUUCUGCGUCACCAACGGCAGGAAGGGCGCUCAAGGGGAAAUAAAUAAAGUUAAGAAAGUUUUUGAGAAGUCCCUCGGCUACAUAGUCCACGUUGAAGAAAAUCCAACUCUCAAGAAGUUGGAAGAAAGGAUAGAGGUGCUGGAGAAGCCUAAGUACCGCUUCUAUGACUCCAUUGUGUUCUGGUUCAUGGCCCAUGGCUCAGAGACCAACCUUAAGUUAGCCGAUGGCAAGAGUUAUCAACGGGAGGAGAUCAUCGAUAGUUUCUCAAGGUUGGACAACUUCAGAAAGAAACCCAAAAUAUUCUUCAUGGCAUCAUGUCGAGGCUGUGGUACCAUAAAAGUCGAAGAGAGAGGUGGGCUCCAAGUGACCGUGGACGCCAGCGAAGAGGGCGAGACCUUUUCAGUGAUUCCUGAGAAAUACCGUAACAUCACCGCCGUCUACUACAAGAUGGACCGACUCGUCGCCAACGCCACGCUUCCUGAGCAAUAUGCCUUCAGGUUACAAGACGGAGUCAUGCAACGGCCUAACAUCCCGUACAGCAAGAUAGUGAAGCUCCUGUUUCUCCAGGACAACGGCGACAAGACCAUGGCCGGAACUGACUCAGCUGAAGGUGACUACCUUCAGCUGAGCAUUGAAGCAGCGCGUGACGCCAAGGACGCUUUCCUUUCCGUCCUGCAAGACCAGAAAUUCAGUUUUGUUUUUAUUAUGGAGUUGCUGCAGAAGCGCAUCGAGGAACUGGAGAACUAUCAGAUCAUAGAAUUCGAAGAAGACAAUGAGGCCGCCAACUGGUCAGUAAGGAAGCAAGACGAGGACCUGCUCACUCUGGCCGAGAUUUGCCAUUACCUCACCACCGAUUACCAGGACCUGGAAGAUGACAUACCACUCAAAGAAGACCCCGAGGACCUGCCAACUCUGGCUGAGAUUUGCCGUUAUUUCAAUAUCGAUUACCAGGGCCUGGAAGAUAAGAUUAAGGAAGUCCAGGAAAAAUUAUCCCUCACGGAAGAUGAAAAGAAAGCCAGCUUUUUCAUAUAUGCGGAGAAUUUAAGAAUGAGUCGCAUCUGUGAUCGUCUGACGUCCGCCCUCGUCCUACAGCUGUUUGAUACUGUUAAAAGAGAUAUAACACUCAGCAAACAUAUCGAUCAAAAUCUUGAUAUUCCGUUGGACAAGCUAAACAGGACCGAAGGCCUCAAGGAGGUAUUAUUCUUCUACAUGGUUAGAGUCUUUGAGGAACACGACAAACUUAACCGUAUUUACACAGACAAGCUGGAAGACCUCCUGGAAAAAGUUGGCAAAGAGACAGAAGAUGAGGAUGACCAGCGCACUAUCAAGAGUGUGAUCAGCAGUCUGAGUGAGUACCCCAUGGAGUGUCGUCCAGCGGGCUACUGCGUCGUCUUCUGCGUCACCAACGGCAGGGAGGGCGCUCAAGGGGAAAUAAAUAAUGUCAAGAACGUCUUUGAGAAAUUCCUCGGCUACAUAGUCCACGUUGAAGAAAAUCCAACUCUCAAGAAGUUGGAAGAAAGGAAAAAGGUGCUGGAGAAGCCCAAGUACCGCUUCUAUGACUCCAUUGUGUUCUGGUUCAUGGCCCAUGGCUCAGAGACCGACCUUAAGUUAGCCGAUGGCAAGAGUUAUCAACGGGAGGAGUUCAUCGAUAAAUUCUCAAGGUUGGACAACUUCAGAAAGAAACCCAAAGUAUUCUUCAUGGCAUCAUGUCGAGGCAGUGGUACCAUAAAAGUCGAAGAGAGAGGUGGGCUCCAAGUGACCGUGGACGCCAUGCUCCCGAGUAUGACCGUUUCAGUGAUUCCUGAGAAAUACCGUAACAUCACCGCCGUCUACUACAAGAUGGACCGACUCGUCGCCAACGCCACGCUUCCUGAGCAAUAUGCCUUCAGGUUACAAGACGGAGGCUCAGUGUACGUGGACACAGUGUGUCGUCUGCUGGAGAAGUACCGGGGGGACAACAUCACCAAGGUGCUCGAGAGAGUCUCCAAUAAGAUGCACCAGAUUCUCUUCUCUUGUAACAAAGAAUUUAAGGGAGAGGCCAAACAGGCUUGUUUCUACGAGACCACUUUCCAGAAGACCUUCAUCGUUCCCGGGGCUAAACGAUGAAGAGUUUGGCUCUUCAGAAUGCCCUGUUCCGAGGACCCCCACUACUAAGAGCUACUUAAAAUUAAGGAACUAAUCGCUAGGAGUGCCCGUAAAGAGCACUCUGUGAGAGUGACUGGUGUUUGGAGGUCUUUCAGAAGCUGUUUGAUGAAUCUCCUGAGAGCAAAUAUUGAUAGUUUUCAGGAUAUUCAACAUUUGAAGAAAAAACUAGUGGAACUAUGUAAUAAUGAUGCAAUCUCUUGUGUGGAGGUCCUGAAGAACAUGUUUGUGGAGCUUCUCAUUACACAUCUUACACAUUGCCUGGAGCUCCUGAAGACUUUAUUGUAAAGCCUUUAUUAAUAAUCAUCAACAUAUUACACUCUAAAAUAUUUAGCCAAAUAUAUAUCCCUUAAAUAAAGCAUUGAUA